GUCGAGGUCGCCUUCCACACCAUCCUGUACAUCCGCCAGGUCUACCCUGCAGAGCUGUUCCACCAGGUCAAAAAGUACAACGUUCCGACCUGGCAGUCGCGCGCUUCGCCCCUCAACGCCUACCUCGGCCGCGUGCUCGAGUGCAUCCACGAGGAGCUCGACAAGGGCACGAUCAGGAGGGUCAUCCUCGUCAUCAAGGAGACGGCGGGCGACGAGACGCCCCUCGAGCGCUUCGUGUUCGAGUUCGAAUGGCUCGUCUCGCAAAGCGCCCUGCCCAAGGACGGCGACGACUUUACGUGCGUCCGCUCUCCCUCUCUCUUCUUCCGACCCUCGCGUCGAAAGCCUGACGAAACUUUGUCCCACAGGCCUCAAAAGGACGGCCUCGCUCAGGGCGACGUCGAGCCUCUGUUCCACGCCUGCCUCCUCAAGCUCAAUCUCUCGCAGUCGCUCCUCAAGCGCCUCAGCCAAGGUGCGCCCACUCUCCUCCUGCUCGGUAUUGCGGAGCACGAUUGA